AUGUCAGAGUCAUCGAGUAAUCAGACAGCAAAACAAGAUCCAAAAAAGAUGAAUGAGAACACUUUGAUCUGUGAUCAAGAAUCAAUGUUUGAUUUAGAAAUGAAGCAAUCAUAUGAAAAUAAUGAAGAAGAAAACAAAGGAACAGCAACAGCAGUAACAGAAGCAGAAGUAGUAGCAGUAGCAGAAUCAGUAACAGCAGAAGAAACAUUAGAAGAUAUAGAAAUAAAAAAACCCCAAGUCAAAGCCAAAAAUCAUAAUUUGGAAACCCAAAAACUUAAUCAAAAACCAAAAGAACGAUGGGUAGAUAAAGACCCAGUAUCCGGUAUAAGACUUAAGUCUCGGACAAGUUCAGUAGUUGAACAAGAAAUGCAACUAUUGGACCUUGAGUUUAUUCCAGUCCAUUCAUUAGAAGCCCAUGCUUCGUUGUUUUAUUCAACUCGAAUUGGAACCAAACCCUUGACAAAAUGGGGCACAAAGGGUGUAGUCGAGCGUAUAAUCUGUAGCCAAAAGUUUUCAGUAGCCAAGGUUACCAAUCUAAGAGGAAACUAUUUUCAUCUGUUUCUGUUUGGACAAGCAUUCAAAACCCACACAAAACGUAUUACUGUCGGUAGUGUCUUGUGUGUCUGUAAUCCUGUCGUCACUCGACCUACACAAUUAAACUCGGCCGUGGGAUUAUACGUAUCUGAUUCAAAACAGAUUUCCGUGGUGGGAAUGAGUAUGGAUCUAGCCCAAUGUAAUGCAUUUGUAAGUGACACUAAACAAUGUGAUUCAAUGAUUGAUAGUCGUGCUGGAGAGUUCUGUGAUGUACACAUCAAAAGAGCAUUUGGCAUGUCACGUAACACUCGCAUGGAGUUAGCCUCUGGAACUACUGGGUUAGAUGUGUGUUGGAUUCAAAAGCAACAAUCUAUCCAAGGCACUCUCUUCAAGGCCACGACAGAAAGAAAAAAGAGAGAUCGCAAGGAAGAUAGUUACAUCAUUGAAGGAAAGGGAACCUUUACUUCAGAUGGCAUUGAAACCAAAGUCAAAUCGACGCCCACAGAGAAACCACAACCUCAAAAUGAAGCAGACUUGCGUGAGUUCUUAAAGGGCAAGUCAGAUCCUGGUGCAGAAAUGAUCCGAAGACUAAGAGGAAUUAAAGAAACAACAACAGCGUCGGCCUUAUCUAAAGAAGCCAUGGCUAAAAUGGGCAUGAGCCGUAGAGAUGUUGAGUUAACAAAUGAAGAUAAUGCAGCAAAGAAACGUGCUAUCGAUGCUCUCAUGGCAAGCCAAUCAAAGACAAUCAAAAAAGAUCCAAAGAAGCCUCGCUACAUUGACCUUUAG